GUCGGGGAGCAUCGGCGCGCGUUUCGGGGCAUUUGCAGACCAGCCAGGAUGAGUCAGUGGUAUAAACUGCAGCAGUUGGAUUCAAAAUUCCUGGAGCAAGUACACCAGCUCUACGAUGACAGUUUCCCCAUGGAGAUACGACAGUAUCUAGCGCAAUGGCUGGAAGCCCAAGACUGGGACCAUGCUGCUAGCGAUGUUUCGCAGGCGACUCUGCUGUUCCAUAACCUGCUGUCUCAGCUGGAUGACCAAUACAGCCGCUUCACACAGGAAAACAACUUUUUACUUCAGCACAACAUUAGGAAGAGCAAACGUAACCUACAGAACACUUUUGAGGAAGACCCCAUGUUCAUGGCCAUGAUGAUCUCCAAGUGCCUGCACGAAGAAGAAAAAAUCCUCAAGUUGGCUGAGGAAGUAGAUAAGAUGCAGCUGGGGACUGUGCAGAACACAGUAGUGCUGGGCAGAGUGAAAGAACUGGAUGUGAAAGUCAAAAGCGUGAAGGAUAGUGUCACUGGAAUCGAACAGAUCAUCAAAAAUCUGGAGGAUGCGCAAGACGAAUAUGACUUCAAAUACAAAACCUUGCAGGUCAGAGAAAAUGAGCCCUGUGGUAUGACCCAGGAAGACUUCCUAAAGGAAAAAAUGCAGCUCCACACAAUGUAUCUGCAGCUGGACCUCAUGAGACAGGAUGUGCUACAGAGAAUAGCCAAUGCGCUGCAUGUGUCGGAACACACCCAGAACGCCUUGAUUCGAGAGGAGCUGGUGGAAUGGAAGCAGCGGCAGCAAAUGGCUUGCAUCGGAGGGCCGCCCAACGCUUGCUUGGACCAGCUUCAGAACUGGUUUACUACAGUAGCAGAGAGUCUUCAGCAAAUUCGCCAGCAGCUUAAAAAGCUGGAGGAGUUGGAGCAGAAGUUUACCUACGACACAGACCCCAUCCCUCAGCAGAAAAAUGGGCUGUAUGAACGGACAUUAAGCCUCUUCAAGCAACUGAUUCAGAGUUCCUUCGUGGUAGAAAGACAGCCUUGCAUGCCAACCCACUCUCAGAGACCGUUGGUCGUGAAGACUGGAGUGCAAUUUACAGUAAAACUCAGAUUACUGGUGAAACUACAGGAACUGAAUUACAAAUUGAAGGUGCAAGUUGUAUUUGAUAAAGACGUCAACGAGAAAGUUGCUGUUAAAGGAUUUAGAAAAUUUAACAUCUUGGGGACAAAUUCCAAAGUGAUGAACAUGGAAGAGUCGAAUGGAAGCCUGUCAGCAGAAUUUAGACAUCUGCAAUUAAAGGAGCAAAAGAAUCCGGGAAGAACCAAUGAGGGGCCUCUCAUUGUAACAGAAGAACUCCAUUCUCUCUCUUUUGAGACAACGCUGGAACAGUGGGGACUCAUAAUUGAUCUGGAGACCACCUCCCUUCCUAUUGUUGUGAUCUCCAAUGUCAGCCAGCUGCCGAGCGGAUGGGCUUCCAUCUUGUGGUACAACAUGCUGACAAAUGAGCCCAAGAAUUUGUCCUUCUUUCUGAACGCGCCGUGUGCAAGAUGGUCGCAGCUUUCCGAAGUGCUGAGUUGGCAGUUUUCUUCUGUCACAAAGAGGGGACUCAACACAGAGCAACUGAGCAUGAUAGGAGAAAAGUUACUUCCGAACGGAUGCACUGCGGACGGCACUAUUACUUGGGUGAGGUUCUGUAAGGAAAACAUAAAUGACAAAAACGUUCCCUUCUGGUUGUGGAUUGAAGGCAUUCUUGACCUCAUUAAGAAACAUCUUCUCGCCCUCUGGAACGAUGGAAGCAUCAUCGGCUUCAUAAGCAAAGAACGAGAACGCUGCUUGCUCAAGAAUAAGCCCACCGGUACCUUCCUCCUGAGGUUCAGUGAAAGUAGUCGAGAAGGAGCCAUCACUUUUACCUGGGCAGAAGGACCACAAAAUGAUAAUUUAUGUCACUCAGUGGAACCCUACACAAAGAAGGAACUCUCUGCUGUUAGCCUGCCCGAUAUUAUUCGCAGCUACAAGGUGAUGGCGGCUGAGAAUAUUCCGGAAAACCCCCUGAAAUUUCUUUACCCAGAUAUUCCCAAAGACAAUGCCUUUGGAAAAUACUACUCCAGGCCCAAAGAGUCCGCAGAACCCAUGGAUGUGGACGGCGGAGGAAAAGGAUACAUCAAAACUGAAUUAAUCUCUGUGUCUGAAGUCCACCCCUCCAAACUGCAGAGCACGGAUAACCUCUUGCCAAUGUCCCCGGAAGAUUUUGACGAGGUCAAACGAGUGAUAGGCUCUGCAGACAUGAUGCUAUGUCCAGAUUAUUGAACGUAAGGGCUGGCUGGCUAGGCCUGCAUCAAGACUUAGCCACUCGUGAGUUGAGGACCUAUAAAGGCUGUAGAAUCCAUAUUAUGCAGUUCUGGUUUCUGAGCACUGCAGUGCCUUAUGUGUCGCUGCUGUACUGUUUUGUUUGCCGAAAGCGCAGCUUUAAAAAGUUAAA